CGGCGGCAGCAUCCCCAGCGCAGCCGCUUCCAGGCCCGCAUUCGGGCACUCUUUCUCCGCCGUUGCUCCGCGCCGGUCGCCCUCGCCAUCGGCGCGCCACUCCGACAAGCUAUGCUCUAGAUGGGUGUCCUGGACUUAGCCGCGCUGCGCAUCGACGACGAAGAGGAGUUCUACGAUGAGCGCCGCCGACGGGCCCACCUCCUAGCCGCCGUCCCCAUGCCGGAGCCCAACGAGACCAUGCUGACGGCCGAGUACCUGGGGAACCUCUUCGACGUGGUGGCGCACACCGAGAGCACCAAGUGGGCGAACGCGACGCUCAACGCCACCGAGACGGCCUUCGUGCCCGAGCUCUUCUACCGGCACUCGAUGGCGAUGACGGCGGUGUACUGUGUGGCCUAUCUGCUGGUUUUCGCGGUCGGGAUCGUGGGCAACUUCUUCGUGAUCGCGGUGGUUUUCAGGAGCCCGAGGAUGCGCACGGUGACGAACUUCUUUAUUGUUAAUUUGGCCGUGGCUGAUAUUUUGGUGAUCGUCUUCUGCUUGCCGGCGACGCUCAUGUCCAACAUCUUUGUGCCAUGGGUCCUGGGCUGGUGGAUGUGCAAGACUGUGCCGUAUAUACAGGGUGUUUCGGUGGCUGCGUCGGUCUACAGCCUCAUCGCAGUCUCCUUAGAUAGAUUUCUGGCAAUCUGGUGGCCUCUCAAAUGCCAAAUAACGAAAAAGCGUGCCCGCCUCAUGAUCGUCAUCAUCUGGUUCAUCGCUCUGACAACGACCAUCCCUUGGGCAAUCUUCUUCGACUUGGUGGCCGUCUUCAACGACGCCCCCGACGUCCAACUGUGCAUCGAAGUGUGGCCUGCGAACAUGGACGGCGCCCUCUACUUCCUCAUCGCCAACAUGGUCUUCUGCUACAUCCUGCCCAUGAUCCUCAUCACCAUGUGCUACGUCCUCAUCUGGAUCAAGGUCUGGCGCCGCCACAUUCCCACCGACACCAAGGACGCGCAGAUGGAGCGCAUGCAGCAGAAAUCCAAAGUGAAAGUGGUCAAAAUGCUCGUCGCCGUCGUCAUCCUCUUCAUCUUGUCCUGGCUGCCCUUGUACGUCAUUUUCGCCAGGAUCAAGUUCGGGGGGCACAUCGAGGCCUGGGAGGAGGAGAUCCUCCCCAUCGCCACCCCCAUCGCGCAGUGGCUGGGGGCCUCCAACUCGUGCAUUAACCCCAUCUUGUACGCCUUCUUCAACAAGAAGUUCAGAAGGGGCUUUGUUGCCAUCAUCAAGAGCAGGAGGUGCUGCGGCAGGUUGAGAUACUACGAGACGGUGGCCAUGAUGUCGUCUUCAACAAGCAUGAGGAAAUCGUCGCAUUUCUACAACAACAACUCCUCGACUAGGAAAUUACCCCUGCAGGAUAACGCAGUUUCCUACAUUUACAACAAUACAGGUGUUUAAGUCCUGGAAAUGGACACCACCUGGUGGUCUGGUUCAAGUUUCAAUCGACGAAAGUCUUUGUCUCAACCAAAUUGAGAAUUUUUAAGGACUGAGUCUUGUAAUUGUGACGAAUUUGGUGUUAAUAUUAAGAAUAGAAGGAUCACGACAGAAAUUCGUAUUUUAUCAAUAUUUUGUAACUCGUGGAACAAUAAGGCAGAAAUUAUUCAAACAGCUUAUGGUAACUAUGAGCUUUAAUUGAUAGAUUUGGAGGCACCUGAUUAGGAAACACUUGGUUUAUCUAAUUGUAAGCAUCACCUACAGCGUGUCUUAUUUCGUUCGAUUUCGUACGCUUACCUAGAGACACACGAUCUAUUUUUCCAAAACUGUAGGCGAGGUUUCGUUGGUUUGGUGUUUAGAUUAGGCUCAUUGUUUGACAAAUAAUCGUGUAAAUAGGGUGUCACUGCUGCCGACUAUAACGACGCUAAACACACAGCAUUUGUGUAGAGUUGACCCAAGAAACGCUUAUUAAUACUGUAUAGAUCUAAACUGCCCCGUUAGAACAAUAUCAGUUUAUACCUAAGUACAAUAGUCAAAGAUAUUUUAAUGUUAAAUGUAAGGAUCAUGUUGACGUUUCCAGAAAUUUGUCGAUGUUCACAAUGAUUUUAACAGAUUUUAAAAAUGUAAUAUCUUAGACUUAAUGUUGCAAGGAGCCAGCGCCGGGACAAUCAAUCGUCUAAACGGACAAUAACUUUGCCAAAGUGACAAGAUUUUGCAAUACCUUGCCUCGUCGCUGGCUCCAGAACCGUACUCUAGUAAAGUCAAGGGAGCAUUGUGAUAUCAGUGAUAAUAUAAUAUCGUUUAUAUUGACAGAGCCGGCAUAUUUUGAUAUUGUCCUGUAAAGUGUCCAGUAGGUGACCUGACUUGCUAUUCGUGUUUAGACUAAUUCACUGUCACAUGCAUGGUCGUGUUUAGUUUAGGUUCUUUGGACAUUCUGUUCGGAAUUUUUGGUGUUUUAGCUCGCGCAACGAUGGCAGAAAUGAAAGUACAUCGGUUAGCCCCAACAUGUUUUACGGAGGUUUAGAUUUCUAUGAAAUGUAAGGAUAUAAUUUUAAAUAAACGCUCUAGAACCA